UCAGCAAGUGCUCUGGUUGGCUGAUGGGUCUGUAGAUGUGAGUUUUGAUGUAUUUGUGGGAGAGGGUGAGCUACAAGCGUCCUUCUACUCCGCCAUCUUACUUCUCCUUCUGCAAAUAUUUCUUCGUGGGAAUAGUUUUUAAAGCCAGUCUUUGAGAUUUGUUCUGACCCCAGGAGGACUCUUCUAAGCUGUCUUUUGCCCUAGUUCUCUCUAGCAAACUAGCAGACCUACAGCUAGCUGUUUUUAAUUGCUUACCACCAAAAUAUCCAUUGUUUUCAGAGCAUUCUUAAGUUUGAAUGUCCCCACGCUCUGUUUCAAAUAAAGUCAGUUAUUUGGGGGAGCGCUUUGGAGCUCUCAGUUUUUCUGGAUUGACUGGACAGAAUCUGAGUCUCUGUGGUGGAGCUGAGGGCAGGGACAGUGGUUCAUAUCUCUCAGAAUGACAUCCUGCUUAAUGAGCAGGGUACUGGGGUGGUAGCCUCUGGUCCCCAAUGCAGAACCUCUGCCCCAUGAGCAUGUAAGCUGGGACAAGGGUGAUCAGGGCCUCAGUAUUCUCAGUCUGCCAUGCCUGGAGUCAAGCCUCUUCCCUGUGCGUGAAGGCUGGGUGGAGGAAGGGAGCCCCAGUCUCUUGGCUGCACUCAUCAGGAAUUUAGCCUCUGCAACUUGGAGCAGAGAGAGGAAACAUUGUUGGAAGAUGCUGGCAGCCUGCUCCUCCCAGCGAGAUGCCAGUGAGAUUGACUAGGAGCUGAGGGGGAAGGGAGCCCUAUUUUCUUGGCCACACCCACUUGGAUCAGAGCUUUAGUCAUUGCUCUGAGAUGGGGAGAAAGAAGGGAAGGAGCAGUUUGUGGCCUAAGUGCCACAGACUCUCACUGUUUUAACUGAGAUUUAAUGGAUUUUCUUGAAUAAAGAGUUUUCAUUGGUAUUUUUCUCCCAGGUAAUUGUAAGGUAUAGCCAAGUUUGCAACUGGUGGUCUAGAGACCACAAGACACCCCAGGUGAAGAUAAAGAGGGUUUACUUGAAGAGGUCCUGAGACACACCCUCCAACCCCAAUGCAGACAUAGUGUCUUGCAGUCAUUGUUAGGACCCUAAUGCCCCAGAAGCAACAGCCCAAAGAAUCCCUCGGCUUCUAGGAAAUCCUCAAAUUUUGUCCCUGCAAAGCAUUGUCACUUUAUUGUAAUUUGAAGCCAGUUCCUAGAGUCCCACCUGGGGCAAGCAUCCAGCAGGAUUUGCUGGGUUUUGAGGUGCUCGGGAGUGGGGCUGCCUCUUUCUGACCACUGCGAUUGGAAGGCAAGUGGGCUACCAAAGGAGGUUUCCCUGGAAAGGGGGAGAGGUUCUUCUGGGUGGAGAAUCUGCAUUUUUGUUCCUCCUUGCAGGUCACUGUGGUCCCUUCCCACCCCAUCAUAGAGGUUACCAGGGGGAACUACCUGGAACGUCUGGUGGAGAGGGGAGAAGGUCGUUAGAAGUGGGCAGUGUGGCCAGAUACGCCUAGAAUUGACCCUGGGGCCUCACUAGCCCUCUGAUAAGCUUGGAGUCUGUUUUCUUCGGAGAAGGGGUGAGAAUGUGGAUGGUUCAGUAAACUCAACACUGGUUUAAGCAACAUUUAUUGCUCAGCUACUUGACCAGAGUCACACAGCUGAUUUGCAGCUCACCAGCUGCACUGCAGGUGAAAGUGUAAGUGAAUAUACAGUCUUGCUGCAGGGCAGCUUGGAAACAUAGCAACAGCUAAAAAAUGUUCAUUCCUUUCACCUAGUAAUUCUACAGCUAGGAAUGCAUCCUGAGAAGACCACCAGAGAUGAGCCAUUUUGUUUUCUGCAGCGCUUGUGACAUGCCAGCACACCCAUUAUGACGUUGGCUAUGGUGGGGUCAUACGUUUAAUAUGUGGACUGACCAGCUAGCUUAUAAUGUUAAGAGGCACAAAACUGUAUACGCCGUGUAUACACAUAUCCUAACAGACCGUGAUUUCCGUGGGUGGCGGCACUGUGAUUUUUAAUAUCACCAUUGUCCUUUUUUCUGUUGCUGAUGGUCUGCACUUAACUAAUGUUAUAAUCAGAAACAAAAGCUAAGUCUGGUGGAGUCUUGCUGAGGUUCCAGGAUGAGCGGGGAGGGCGGGCUCGGAGGCACGUGGGUUCCGCCCCGCCAGGGAGGCCAGCUGCCGGCCCCCUCGCCUGGGAGCUACCCUUGGGCCCCGAGGCCGGGUCCGCAGCGCCAGCGGGAACUCCACGUGGACCAUGAAGAAAGUCCCCCUGAAGGCCACCCACGACAACUUGGCACAGGGGCCCAGGACCCCAGCUUGCUGAGUCAGGUGGAUGAAUGCGACCAGAGGAUGAUCGGGAGCUCCGCCCAGCUGUUCGCGGCCUCCCUGGGCAACCUGGAAUGGCUGCGGAUGUGUCUAAAUCUGAACCGCGGGGACAUGCGACCGGAUGACAAGGGUUUCACUGCCAUCCACUUUGCAGCCCAGAGUGGCAGGCUUGCAUGCCUGCAGGUCUUGGUAGAGGAGUACAAGUUUCCCGUGGACCUGCCCACCAACAAUGGCCAGACACCCCUGCACCUUGUCAUCCAAUGGAACAACGAGGCCAUGGCCCUCGCCUGCAUUCACUAUCUGAUUACGCAAGGGGCGGCCCUCAACACUCAGACACGCGACGGCUCCACACCCCUGCACCUGGCAGCCCGCCAGGGCCUGCUGAGCUGCGUGAAGCGGCUGGUACAGGAUGGCGCCAACGUCCAUGCCCAAGAUGCCAUGGGCUGCAAGCCCAUUGACUACUGCAGAAUAUGGAACCACCGCGACUGUAUCCGGUUCUUGAAGGAUGCCAUGUGGAAAAAGGACAAGAAAGUCUUUGCCCGUGAAAUGGGGAAACUGAAGAGGCUCAAGGACCAGCUGGUCCUCAUGAAGCAGGACUUCCUGGCUGAGAAUGAAACAAAGCAGCAAAUUUUGAGAGAAGCUAAUUUCAAGAAGUGGCUCCAUCGCAAGCAGCAGCCUCAACGACACUCCCUGGUCCACAGCACUCAGCAAGGGCCCCACACCCCACCCCGGGCCACCGCCCUCUCCAAGACCCCCACGCGCGGGGACCUGUGGCCUCCCAAGGGCUUCCACCUCUCCCCGAAGGAACGCCUGAUACGGAUGGGGCCCAAGCUGCCUUCAGUGACGCCCGCUGCCAUCAGCAAGCAGCUCACCGCCAGGCGGCCCAAGGUGUGGAAUCCCAGCAACAAAGUUGCAAGGCCCCCCACCACCCAGAUCGGCUACCCGCAGGGCAUCCGCCUGGGCGUGCAUCCCGACCGCCCAGAGCAAGACUUCAGCAACUUCCUGAAGAUGAGGGCCGAUGGGCACGGUGGUGUGAGCCUGUACACCGUGUCCGGCCACCAGGUGGCGCCCGUGCCUCGGCUGCCUUCAGAGGUGAUCAUCCGUGAGCUGUUCCCUUCCGUGCGGCCACACAGGAUGAAGGUGCCCCAGGACUUUUUCUCUGUCACCUUGAGAGACAUCCCCCGGAAGCGGCGCUUGGGUCCAGAAAGUAGUGAUGGCACCUUAUGGACCGACACUGUGACCAUGUGCCUGCGAGAGACAUGUGACGAAGCCUUCCUGGCAGCUGUGCGAGCCCAUCAAAGGCUCCCCACUCUGCCCUCCCCCAGACCACCUCCCACUUAAACUUACUUCGGUAGCCUCUGGACCUGAGGCUUCCCAGUGAA